AUGUGCGGUAUAUUAUUUCAUUAUUCAACUUCUGGAGAGAGCAUUGAUCAAUCUUUUACUGAAUUUAGUGAAGAUGAGUUGAAAUGUGGAGUGAACCGGUUUACACGAGGUAAUUCAUCGGUCUUCAACAGACUUGUCCCAUACACUGCUGAACGUGGGCCUAACUAUGCUUCUUUCAGACACUCAAGUGAGCAUGGCAUAAGCUGGUUUUCAAGUGUCCUCUCCAUCAGACAACCGUUAACCAAACAAAGUAUCGAUUGCGGGGAUAAGUACGUCGUUCAGUAUAAUGGUGAGCUAUACAAUCAAGAUAUAACAGACAAUGAUACGCACUAUCUCGUCAAGGCUCUUAAUAGCGGCACUCACGUUAUUGAUGUCAUUCGUAGCUUAUAUGGAGAAUUCGCUUACACCAUAUAUGACAAAAUGCAUCAAAAGCUUUACUUUGGUCGCGAUUCUGUCGGUAGAAGAAGUCUAAGUUAUAAAUUGGACCCUGAUAAUGGUGAGCUUUUUGUUGCUAGUGUCAGUGGUAAUGUACAGGGUUUCCAAAACUGUAAAGCAGGGAUUAUAUACAUUUUUGACACUAAUUCCAAGUCUCUUUUGAUGAAUCAACAAAUUGAUACCCUUCAAUACAGCGUUAGUUCUACCAUCGACAAUUCUACUGAAUCACUCAUCAGCAAUUGUGAUGCUCUUAAUUCUGUUCUUCGAGAGGCUGUGAGACAACGCGUUCGUUCUAUUCAACCUGUGCAUAAUGAAAACAACUCGAUCUGUAUAUUGUUUUCGGGUGGAUUAGAUUGUUCCGUAAUCACAGCACUGAUAUGCCAAGAACUGCAAUUAUUUGGGAGAAAAGUGGAUAUUGAACUGCUCAAUGUCGGGUUUGAAAAUCCAAGGACUGGGCUUCAACCUGCUGACGUACCUGACAGAAAACUGGCAUUUAGUUCAGCUCUGAAGCUUCAGGAACUAUUCCCAACUCAAGCAAUCAAACUCAUAGAAAUAGAUGUUUCAUAUGAGCAAUUUUUGCUCCAAAGGCCCAAAAUUAUUGACCUCAUCUUUCCAAAAAGAACCGAAAUGGAUUUAUCAAUCGCGGCAGCAUUUUAUUUCGCGUCUAGGGGCGAAGGAUUCGUUACAAAGUCGGACGGGCUUAGAGUUCCAUAUAAAAGGCAUGGCGUCGUUCUGUUUAGUGGGCUGGGGGCCGAUGAACUCUAUGGAGGGUAUCAUAAACUUGACAAUAAAACAAUUGAAGAACUUGUGAAGGAAUUAGCAUCUCAAAUCAGUAAUAUUCAUGAUAGAAAUCUCAAUCGUGAUGAUAAAGUUAUCGCCUCAAAUGGCGUGGAAGUAAGAUAUCCCUUCUUGGAUGACAAUGUGAUCAGACUUUCGACGCAACUACCUAUUAACUACAAGUUCAAAAAGAUGAUUCUUCGCGAACUUGCACGCACAAAAUUAGCGUUAGGUGAAAUCAGUGAGGAACCAAAGAGGGCUAUUCAGUUCGGAGCGAAAAGCGCUAAAAUGACGAAAAACGGUAAUAAGCACGGAACAGAUUUGCUGUAA